AUGAAUUAAAGCAAUUUAAUAGAAGACUUAAAUGGAUCUAAUGUUUCAAGAUUAUUAAAAUAAAUAAAAGAAAGUAAUAAUAAAUGAUAUGAUAGUCACUUAGGAUGAAUUAUAUGAGGAAAUGACAUAAUUAAAAACAAGAGUGUUAGGAUUAUUAAAGGAUUACCAAUCAUCUUUAUAAUAAAAAGAGAAUAUUAGACAAUUAAAUCAAUAAAUACGUAAGGAUGUAACAAACAUCAGCAAUGAUUAUAGUUAAAUAGUUGAAAAGAUGAACUAGAGUGUUGAUUGCACAUUUAUUUCGAUUGAGAGUAUUACACCAUUUUAAAAGAAUGAAAAAGUAACAAUUAAUAAAUUUAUAAGGAAAUGAAUAAAAUGUUUAAUUUGGUUGAAGAGUUUCUUGAAAAAUUUUAAGGAAAAAAAGCAAAUUAUAAUUUAUAUACUAGUUUUAUUUCAGAUAAAAUGGAACGAUCUGGAAUAUCUAUGGCAGAUACUAGUAUUAUAGAUGUUAACUGUAGAAUAUCAAUUAUAAAGGAUUAAAUAUCUUCUAAUUUAUCUGAUAAAAAAUAUAGUUAAUUAGUUAUAAUGGAAACUGUGGAUGCUUUAUAGGAAGCAUUAAAUUCAUAGAAAAUAGAAAAGAUAAGAUCUAUAAUAAAAAGAAUAGAACAUUAUAUGGCUUAAUGUUAACAUGAUCCUAGUGAUUUAUAUUAGAUGUUAUAAAAAGCAGUUGAAUCUUGUAAAGAGAAAGAAAUAGAAUUAUAAAAUUAAUCUAUAAUUGAAGAUAAAGAUAUUAAAAGAAGAUUUUUUGAUUUAGCUUUAGAAAUUAAGAGUGAAUUACCUAUAAAUCAUCCUGGUAGAAAAGUAUUGGUUUCAGUUCUCUUUGAAAAAGCAUAGAAUAUAGAUGAAUCUUAAUGGCAUGAUUGGAUUCUUGAUUAAUUAAGUUAACAAAAUUGA